GAACCAUUUUCUCAGUCUGUAUCCGUUCUUGUUCAGUUUCGCCGAUGGACCUAGGUUGAGCCUAUAACCUGAGCUUGAAUUUAAAAAUCCAUAAUGGCUCGUGGACCUAAAAAGCAUCUGAAGAGACUUUGUGCUCCCAAAUCUUGGCUCUUGGACAAGACUGGUGGUGUGUUUGCACCUCGUCCGGCUCCUGGUCCGCAUAAGCUUCGGGAGUCAAUCCCAAUUGUUCUGCUCAUCAGGAACAGACUCAAGUAUGCCCUCAAUUAUGAUGAAGCCAAGAAAAUCACAAUGCAGAGGCUCAUCCAAGUUGAUCACAGAGUUCGCACUGACCCCAACUUCCCAGCUGGCAUCAUGGAUGUUGUUCAGAUCGCCCGCGUAAAGGAGAACUUCCGCAUAUUAUACGACAUUAAAGGCCGAUUCCUGAUGCACCGCAUUACUGAGGAAGAAGCCAAUUUCAAGUUAUGCAAAAUCACGAAGAAGUUCACGGGCCCCAAGAAGGUGCCUACCAUCGUCACCUCUGACGGCCGCACCAUCCGCUACCCUGACCCUCUCAUCAGGAUCAACGACACCAUCGUCUAUGACAUGAAGGAGAGCAAAAUCAAGGAUUUUAUGAGCCUCGAACCUGGUAACCUCUCCAUUGUGACUGGCGGUCGUAACUUGGGCCGUAUCGGUGUGAUCAUCGCCCGCGACCACCACGCUGGAGGUUUUGACAUCGUCCGCAUCAAGGAUGCUGUCGGCAACGUUUUUGCCACCAGACUGCAGAACGUGUUCGUCAUUGGCAAGGGCACCAAGGCAUACAUCUCGCUUCCUAAAGGCAAGGGCGUUAAGCUCACUGUCGCUGAAGAGCGAGACAGGCGUCUUGCCAAGAAAAAGUAGCUUCAAUAAAACACGCUACUCCA